GCUUUGUGUGCGUGUGUGUCAGCUGUGUUCAGAGCGUUACCUGUGUCAGAUCUGUGUGUGCAUCAGCAGUGCUCACAGGGGUUUGAGCUGACAGAUGUGCGUGAGUGUGCAUUUGUGUCAAAAGCAGAUGUGUGCAGUGAGGGUAAGUCAGAGAGGUGAGUGUGUGUGUCAGAGGCAUAAGUGCCAGGUACAGGAGAAAGAGAAGUGUGUGGGGGGGGUGAGUGUGACAGAGCCAGCAGAAAAAGUGCCCUGUCUCUUUAAAGGCCCAGACACAGCCCCAUCUGAUGCGGCGGCUCCAAUCAGCAGCCCCUGGGCUCUGGCAGCUGCAGGAGCCUCUGCUCUGCAUUCCUCCCUCUUCCUAAAGGGCUAACAUGGCGAUGGCAGGAUGAGGAUGAGGUGAAGAAGCAGGGGGAUGUGAGAGCUGCAGCUGCACAGACACACAAGCGGGGCAGAGAGCACAGCAGGGGGGAUUGCAGCAGAGGAAAGGAGAAGGGGGAAAAAAUUAAAAACACCCAACCCAACAUUUUCAUGGAGAGCAAAAAUCCCAUGCAAGCUGGGGAGGAUCAGGACUCCUUUGAGCUGAGACCCUUGCAUCAAAAUGGUGUGUGGGUUUGGCAGGCAGAAUGCAGCACCUUUUGAGAGACCGCUGCGGGAACUUGUGCUGCGCCCUGUUCUCUGUCCAAGAACAUAGAGGAAGCUUGGCCAGCUGCUCUUCAAGUGAGCAGCAAACCCCCCACUGACUUCAAUAAAUCCAUUCUGGGGCUGAACUAGGAGCCCUGAGUGAAAAUGUUCCCAGGCAGGUGGCUAAAGAAACCAGACUUGACUCACGAGGCUGAGCAACAUCUGCUGUAUUUUUCGUUAUUUUCCAUUAGCUUGAGAAGUCGCUAUUGAUUUGUUCCGAUGGUUUGCUGACCCUGCUGGGCAGAGGUGCGGGGGAUGAGAAGAUGAGUUAUCCCAGUUGCUUAACAACACAGAUUUCAUUCAGGAAAACUGUCCUGCUUACAGCUUUUUUUUCUUUUGAGUCUUCAUUUAAUGGAUGCAAAAAAGACCAAACUUCUGGUUCUGAACUCUUCACCAUGCCAAGGGCCCUCUCAUUCUGCAAGCUGAUAGUUGAAAAGACAACUGACUACCCUUCCGCUGAAUACUCUCUGGUGGAGGAUGUAGCCCUCCACUUCACGUGUUUGAUGGACAGACUGAAUGAGCAGCGCCUGUUUCAGCCGGACCUGUGCGAUGUGGACAUCGUCCUAGUUCAGCAGAAGAGCAUCUUCCCCGCCCACAAGGGGGUCCUUGCCGCGUACAGCCAGUUCUUCCACUCUCUCUUCACCCAGAACAAGCAGCUGCAGCGGGUAGAGCUCUCCUUGGAGGCUUUGACUUCCCAAGGCCUCCAGCAGAUCCUCAACUUCAUCUACACCUCCAAGCUGCUGGUGAACUCCUGCAAUGUGCAGGAUGUCCUGAACGCCGCCGCCGUGCUGCAGAUGAGCAACAUCGCCUCCUCCUGCCAGGAGCUCAUCAACACCAGAUCCCUCAGCCUGGCCAUGGCCAGCGACAUGGCCCUGCCCCCUGACGCCUGUGGCAAUGCUAUCCCCCCGCAGUACUACUGUGAGAUUAAGCAAGAGGUGGACUCUCUGCACCCCAAGAUCUAUGCCCGGGAAGGAAACGAUCCCUACUCGGUGCGAGUAGAGGACAGGGUGGAUGGAGGUGGCAACCAGCACCUCCCGGCUGUGCCUGCCAAGCAGUAUUACAAGGAGGAGAAGGACAGUGGCCUGGCCACCAUGUGUAAGAUGGAGGGCGGGGAAUCUGAGGAGGAUCUGGACAGCCAGGGCUCUUACAACCGGGAGCAGAUCAUUGUGGAGGUGAACCUCAACAACCAAACCCUCAAUGUUUCCAAGGGGAUGGAAGGGAAGCCCACCACCAACGAAGCUGCCGCCGUGAUUAGCCGACCAGAUGGGGAUGGACAUGACACCGAGGAGGAAGGGGAGGAGGAAAAUGAGGAAGCGGGGGAGGAGGAGGAGGAGGAGGACGCUGAGGUGGGGGAGGAGGAUGAGGAGGAGCACAGCGAAGAGGAAGACCUGGAGGAGACCACAGAGGAGGAGGAGGAAGAGGAGGACGAUGAAGAGGCGUCCGAAGUGAAAAGGGAAAAAUCUGGGCAGCCCCGCAGGGGGACCAGGUCGUCUAAGGCCACCAAGUCCACCAUGUCCACCAGGUCCCAGGAUCUGGCCAAGGCGGUGGAUGAAGAGGAGGGCCAGCGUGGGAGGAAGAGGAAAAAGGAGCAGGAUGGGCUGGGCCCGAAAGUCAAGCUGGAGGAAAAGCAGCACUACCCCUGCAAGAAGUGCCCCCGCGUCUUCAACAACCGCUGGUACUUGGAGAAGCACAUGAACGUCACCCACAGCCGCAUGCAGAUCUGCGACAAGUGUGGCAAGCGCUUCCUGCUGGAGAGCGAGCUCCUACUGCACCAUCAGACGGACUGCGAGAAGAACAUUCAGUGUGUGACGUGUGGGAAAGCAUUUAAGAAACUCUGGUCUCUGCAUGAACACAAUAAAAUUGUCCAUGGCUACGCAGAGAAGAAGUUCUCCUGUGAAAUCUGUGAGAAGAAAUUCUACACCAUGGCACAUGUGCGGAAACACAUGGUUGCUCACACCAAGGAUAUGCCGUUCACAUGUGAGACGUGUGGGAAGUCGUUCAAACGCAGCAUGUCCCUGAAAGUCCAUUCUCUUCAGCACUCUGGGGAAAAGCCUUUUAAAUGUGAGAACUGCAACGAGCGGUUCCAGUACAAGUACCAGCUUCGCUCUCAUAUGAGCAUCCACAUUGGACACAAACAGUUCAUGUGCCAGUGGUGCGGAAAGGACUUCAACAUGAAACAGUAUUUCGAUGAGCACAUGAAAACACACACGGGUGAGAAGCCCUACAUCUGCGAGAUCUGCGGCAAGAGCUUCACCAGCCGCCCCAACAUGAAGCGCCACCGCCGGACCCACACGGGAGAAAAGCCCUACCCCUGCGACGUGUGCGGCCAGCGUUUCCGCUUCUCCAACAUGCUCAAGGCCCACAAGGAGAAGUGCUUCCGGGUCAGCAACCCCCUGGCUUCGGACACCACCAACCCCGCCAACAAUGGCGGCAGCCUUUCCGUUCCCCAGGGUGCCCCUUCGCCUCACUCACUCACUUUGCCACUGCUCCACCCCGUGCCCCCUCCUCCGCACCUACCGCCACCGCCUCCCCUGUUCCCAGCCGGGCGGGUCAAUUCGAACAACUAGGCCAGCGUGCGCACGGACUGCUCUGCCGCGCAGGGAGUGCCCAGCGGGCUGCUCGUCCGCGUGACGCGGGGAGAAGGAGGGAGGCCGUUCAUUCUCUCUCUUUCAGUUUUUUACCCCCCUUGGUUUUAUGACGAGCCCGUCAGCCUUCCGUCGAAAGGACAGGUGCUCUGGGCCACAGCAAGCUCCCCUGCAGCUUGGCGUGCCGGCGUUCAAUCAGGGUGUAGACAAACGGCUCUUCCUUCCCUCCUCCUUCCAUGGCUUUCGUGUUUCCCAAGCCCGGGUCAGAGUCCUCCUCCCGCCUCGCCAGGCAUUGUUGCUGAGCUGGUUUACCUCUGCUGCCUAGCGCACUGUUGUAUCAGGGUAACGCUUGCCACAAUGUCUUCCCGCUUGCACAUGUUCCUCCAUUUUCCGUGAGAUUACGUUAGACUAAUAGUGCACAGCUCAUGCUCAGCCCCAUAGAGCCAUUUCCACUAGUUCCUCACGGCAGCAGUAAGGGUUUUUUCAGGGCCGCCGGGGGGAGGAGGGGGCGGGGCGGCAGCAAGUGGGGCGAUAUGCCCCGGGCCCCACAGGGGCCCCACAAGCCCUGGUCCAGCGGCAGUCCAGGUCUUCGGCAGCGGGGGACCCUUCAGCACUGUCAAAGACGUGAAGCGACUGAAGGGCCCUCCGCCGCUGAAAUGCCCCUCGAGCCCUGGUCCGACAGUGGUCCGGGUCUUCGGUGGCAUUUUGGCAGCGAGGGGCCCUUCAGUCGCUCCGGGUCUUCGACGGCAUGUCGGC